AUGAUCAAGUUCUUAUUAGUUGUAAACAGACAAGGAAAAGUUCGUUUACAUAAAUGGUAUACAUCUCAUUCAUUAAAAGAGAGAGAAAGAAUUAUUCGUGAAGUAUCAAAUCUUGUUUUAAAAAGAACAACAGCUGUAAGUAAUUUUGUUGAAUGGAGAGACUCUACUAUUGUUUAUCGACGUUAUGCUAAUUUAUAUUUUAUGACAUGUAUUGAUAAAGGAGAUAAUGAACUUCUUGCACUCGAAACAAUUCAUCGUUAUGUAGUUAUAUUAGAUAAAUAUUUUGGUAGUGUUAGUGAAAUUGAUAUCAUCUUCGAUUUUGCUCGUGCGUAUGUUGUUCUAGAUGAAGUUAUAAAUGCUGGUGAAUUAAUAGAAGCUGGUCCUCAAAUUGUUUUAAAUGAAAUUGAACAACAAGACGAACUUCAUCGUUCAGAUUUAGAAAAACGAUAA